AUGUAUGGUGCCGAUGUUGCGAAGAACAGCGCUGCGUAUCCUACUGAUCUCAAGCUUCGCGCUGACGCAAACCGCUGGCUUCUCUGGGAAGCCUCAGUCUGGUUUCAGACCAACUACGUGUACCUGGUCGAAUACGUAGUCAAGCCACUGCUUGGAGCUCAGCCUGACCAAAACAUCAUCGCCAAGGAAGCACCCAAGUGGCACAAAGCCGCUGCAAUCCUAGAUGCGCGCCUUAAAGAGACUGGCAAAUGGAUCCUUCCCGGUGCAGAGCCGUCGAUUGUCGACAUUUCCGUCGCAUCUCCAGUGCACUUGUACGAGGCUCAACAGCUUCCACUAGAGCAGUACAGCGGCAUCAAGAAUUGGCUGAAGGAGCUCGAGAAGCUCCCAGCCUGGCAGAAGACCCAAGGAGCUGUCGACAAGGCACUCCUCCCAAACAAGUCAUCUGAGGUUCGUGCAGAAUUUGCCUACACCAAAGACCUGGGUGAUAAGCUUACGGAAUUAUACUUUUAUGAAGACUCAAAAAGCGUAGGCAUCCACGAGCCUGGCGACGACACCCACACGAUGUCUGUGAAAAGUGCGUGGGGCAAGGAUUGGGAUGUGGAUAUCAAUGGCUUCGCAUUGAAAGACUUCCAGCCUUCGUACAACCACUCGUGGGAAGAUGAAGAAAAGGUCCGGACGGAAUUCUAUCCCGAAGUCGUCGAAUUUUUGAAAAAGGAGCUUGGAGCUAAGCGGGUACUUGUUUUCGAUCAUACCAUUCGCACCCGCCGCAACCAGAACAAAAAGUUAACCCAGGAAAAUAAUACUUCUCAACGCGCUCCCGUUCGCCUCGUUCAUUGUGAUUACACCGCCGAAAGCGCCCCGACUCGCGUCCGUCAACUCCUCCCCGAAGAAGCAGACCACCUCCUCGCCCGUCGCACCGCUUUCAUCAACGUCUGGAAACCUCUUGGCCCCGUCAAAGAAAACCCUCUCGCCAUGUGUGACGUGGCGUCCGCUCCGCCCGAAGAUUUCUUCAAGUUGUAUCUCAGAUAUCGGGAUCGUACGGGUGAGAAUUAUGUCAUGAGGCAUUCGGAUCGGCAUCAGUGGUAUUAUUUCCCCGAUAUGGAAGAUACGCAGAGUAUUUUGCUGAAAACUUAUGAUUCUGAUACUACCAAGGCGCAGUAUGUGGGCCAUACGGCUUUUGAUGAUCCGACUUCUGCGAAGGAUGCGCCGAUUAGGGAGAGUUGUGAGAUUAGGACGAUUUGUUUCUUUUAG